AUGCAGUUCCCUACCUUCAAGCUCGUUGUUCUCACAGUUCUGGGCUCCGCUAGCAGCGUGAGUGCCAUCUGCCCCGGCUUCAACGCUGGUAUUGGCCACCAACAGAACCUAGGCGGCGGUGUCUCUCGAUAUUCCAGAGCUGGAGCCUGCGGUGGAGACUCCAUCAGCGUCUGCUGCCGCAACGACGGCGGCAGGUUGGCAUCGUUUGAACCGGAGGAGGUUGGGCUAGACCUCACCGAGAAGGAGUUCACUGAGGAAGAAUUAUCCGAGGAAGCAACCCCAGAGGUAGCCUAA